AUGGAUGUGGAGCUUGGCGAGACAGGAGCAAUAGCACCGACCUGCCGCAUCAGCCUCAUCAUCGCCAACAUUAACGAACAUCGCCUUGCUCAUCAAGGCACGACAAGCCCGCAUCACCUUUCUCAUCGACCUCGAACCGGGAGGGCAACGCCCCCGUCACAUACCGCAAUCAUGAAGCCCGUCGUUAGUGCCAUGCAAGCAUGGCAAUGCUCGGCACCGCCCUUCAGCACCGUCAUCUCCGUUUUCGCGAUCAUCAUCCUCGGCGUUCUCAGCAUUCUCUUCAACAAGAACCACCCCGAGCUCGUCGGCGGCACGGAUGACCCCGAGAAUGGCCCUGCCGUCGCAAGCACUCUCUUCGUCGCCGUGCUCGUCUACAUUGGUUUCUUCGUUUUCUGCGGCCUCCAGGGCCUGCUCCACAUCCGCGAGAAUCGACGGGGAGCGAUCGCGUUGCAAUGA